UCAAUAACAGCAGAACCCUUGUCGGCAGUUUACCGAUAACACCUGCAAUGAAUGUUUCACGCUGCCAGCUUUUUUCAAAAACGUAAAGCCUAUUUGUAGUGGUCGUUAAAUGUCAGUUUUGUUACACUUUAUGCGCUAGCAGCGUAAGCUGGAGUGCAUCCACAGGGACAAAAUGAAAGUACUGACUCAAGAUCAGCUUAUACAGUUCCUGCCGGAACUAGAGGAAGAUUUCCCUAGAGGUCUCCUGGUUUACCAUGUAAUGCGAAAUGUCAUCCGCCAGCGUUUCGCCUGGCCCGGUAUUGAGUUCGCCGUUGACGACUUCCCCAAUCCGUCUGUGUGCAUCGUACGACCCAGAAAAGACGACAAAUCCUUCGUUCCCUUAACGAAUGGCUAUCAAGUAUUCGUCUACUCCAAAGAUGCCAAUGUCUUUCGGAAAAUGUUGUUCGAAGAACCGGACACUCUCGACUGGACACAGAUUAUUAUGUUUGCCGAUAUAACUGAGCCGGAACACUUGGUACUUUUGGAGGAUGGUCAAGGAUUUCGCGGCGGCAGUUUCGACCAUCUGGUCACGAUGGAGGGCUUCCUGCCUGGGGAGUACUGCUACCACUUCGAUUUGCCGAAUCUAGAUUUAGAAUUUAAGGUACCGGACGGCUUUCGUCUAGGAACUCUGCAGCCGGAGCACGUCGAUCAAGUGGGUCGCGAGCGCAACUACGGUCACUUGGCCAAUACAACCGCUUACUUCCGCUACAUGAUCGAGAACGACUUUCCCAGCGUCGCGCUCUUUCCCGACGCCUCCAACACACCCAUCGCCUACCUCAUUUACAAGACUGAAGGAGUUUUGGGAGGCGCCUUCGUCCACCCGGACUAUCGGAAGCGGGGGUUAUUUCGUGUGGUACUCCGAGCGCUGCUGAAGAAACUGCGGGACAUUGGAGAGAUUCAUGUCUGGACAGAAUGUAUGAAGUUUAACUUGGCCUCGCAAGCUGGUUUAAAGGCGGUCGGCGGGGAAGAGUACCCGGGAUUCACAGAGCACUGCAUAAAUUAUUAUCCGGCUGACAAACUUGUUGACAAGGAAGCGUACAAAAACUUCAGAUGAUGUUAUAAAUCAUGCAUGUUUACUGCAGUCCACAUCGUCAGGUUUCGAAUAAAAUAUGCGCAGUAA